GGUUUCCGCCCACGCACAAAAACGUUACUUGUAGCACGUUAACGGUACUGUCGCCUGACUAGGUUCCAAUAAAAGUCACUUUAUAAGGUUAUCUGAAGCUUCUUAACACUUGUGGUCUUAUCAUUACACGGGAUAAACCUUUAUGCGGACAACUGCGCGUAUUUUAGGUGGUAAUAACAAUGGAGGAUGGUGAGGAAGGGAAGACAGGUGAGUCAGAGCCAGCUCCUCAUACACAGCAGGUGUGCCGCUUCUUCUCUCAAGGAAGACACUGCAGUUUCGGAAAGAAAUGUAAAUUUCUACAUGUAAGACGUGACGCCAGCGCUCAUGAGAAGUCAGCUGUCACACCUGCAAACUCAGAGGACUUCAGAGGAAAUGCAGGGCACAGGCCUCCUCUCGCUAAUAACACCAGGGCUGCUCCAGCAGCUGGCCGCCGCCCUUGUCGCUACUUUAUCUCAGGCCACUGCUCCAUGGAGGACAGAUGUCGCUUCUGGCAUCCACCUCAGUUUCCCCAGGUGGAUGACCUGCCUGUUUCUGGCAAUCAAACAAGACCCACUCAGAGGAUGCCACCGACACCCCGCCCCGGCAUCCCCCAGGAGGUCAAGCUGUGUGAUCUGACAGAGGAUGUUGCCGAGCAGCUGCGAGACACAGAGAUCAGGCAGUUGAAGAAACGUUUUCCCAAAGACCAGCUGAUUAUUCAGGAACGAAGUGAUGGCAAAGUUACUUAUUACAGGGUGACUGUAGAGGCCACUGAUCCAGACUGGCCUUUUGACCUGAAAGAAAUUGACAUCAUGGUGAGCUUCCCGGACAGUUACCCACAGGAGAUUUUCACUUUGGAUAUACCAUUGGAUCAGGAUCUGCCACCAGUAAUGGCAAAACAUGUACAACAAGCAUCAUUGGGGUGGCUUCAAGCCAAGCAUGCAACCAAUCAGCUUCUGGGAAAGGUAGAGCUGCUUUUCCGGCCUUUUCUUCGCUGGCUGGAUCGCAGCCUGGAGAGGCUGUUCACUGAAGGAGCCAGGCAGGUGAGUUGAAAAAAGACUGUUGACUUAGAAAAGGCUGGGCUGCAGUUUAUACCAUACCAGGAGCUCCAGGCAGCAGUGUGUGAAAAAUCAGAGACAGAUCACUCCUCUGACCCUGUCUCCCACACCACUGCUGCUGCUGCUGCAGACGAGGAUGCUAGUAAUGACGGAAAACUGGAAAAGACAGAAGGCGAGAGGUCAGCGGAGGAUACACAGCAUACAGGCUGUGAUGUAGAGCUUCAGCAGCAGCAGGAGGAGGAGGAGGAAGCCAGUCAUCUGGUGGAAAAUAUUAAGAUCAGCGAUCCCCGUAGAGGCACAGAGGUGAAGGUGCUGGGACUGAGGCUGGGAGAGAACACAGCCACAGUAGUCGCCCAGCAGAUUACAGUUUGUCUUCAGUGUAAUAGGUGUAAGGUAACUGCAGACCUGACACUCACUGGAAGGACAGCCUGCUCAGCUCAGUGUGAGAAGUGCAGUGCGAGCAUCAAUGCUGCCUUCAGGCCCUGCAUGCUGCACCAUUAUAGUGAUAUCCUGGGAUACCUGGACCUCCAUAAUGCUACGCCUGCUGACCUCGUGCUUCAGGAAUGUGACCUUAUUGUGGGCUGCCUCACCUGCUCCCAGGACUUCCCCAGUAACCUUUCCUAUGGACAAACAAAGGAGCUUAAUUGUGAACACUGCCACAGCAAACUCAGCAUCCUGGCUGAGAGCACAAGAUUCCAGUAUAUUCAGCCACGCACCACCAAAACGGGUUCAAGUGCUGUUAAUUAUAAGACAAUAAGAGACCCUGCUGUGCAAAAAGGGAAGCCACUGCCAGAAAAAGGAACAUGCAAACAUUACAAACAGAGCCACCGCUGGCUAAGGUUUCCUUGCUGUGGCCGGGCUUAUCCCUGCGAUGGGUGCCACGACGAGGACCAGGACCACCCCAUGGAACUCGCCACCAGGAUGAUCUGUGGCUACUGUGCCAAAGAACAGCCAUACGGCAAUGGAAAGCCGUGCAUCAGCUGCGGGAGCAUGAUGACGAGAGGAGCACGCACAAGCCACUGGGAGGGAGGACUGGGAUGCAGAAACAAAGCCAAAAUGAGCAGAAAUGAUCGACAAAAAUAUGCCAACACCAACAAAACGAUUUCAAGGAAGGCAGCUGGUGAAAAGAAGUAGUUGGCGAAGAAGAGCAUUAUCACAUUGAUUUGUCAACAAACAUUAUGAUACAUGAAUCAUGGUUUCAAUGAAAUUGUUUAGUACCCUAAUAAAUCAUGUUGUUAUGAUCA